GGUCCGAGUGACUCAUCUGGUAGACGCGGUGUGGCUCUUGCCCUCUCGGAACAAGCCAACCGUGCAAUACUGGCAUGGGAACAAGUCAACGACCGAGUGGCCUAUGUUCGACUAAAAGGCCAUUUUACGGCGGCUGAUCAGCAGGACAAGGACAACUUCUAUUCGCAGCUGCAGGAGCUAGUCGAAAGACUCCCUCGCCGUGAUCUGUUAAUUGUCACCGGGGACUGA